AUGUCGAUAUACGACGCUUACCUCCUCCGAGCCGACAUUAUGAAGAAUAUAAACUUUUUCCGAAGGCAUCAAGUCGUGUUCAACCCUGAGACUGAGAUGUACUCCUUCUUGACCCGAGAAGGCCGUGUCGGACUGGAGGGCUUUGCAAAGAUCGAAAUGGAGUCCAAAAACCUCCCUCUUGUCAUAUCUAAGUUUCGCAGGCUCUUCCAGGACAAAACCUCUACGACGUGGACUAAAAGAUACGAACCCCUGUCGCGCCGACAAGGAAGAUUUACGUUUGUCGAACUAGACUAUCAGAAAUCCACUGUACGCCCUAAAAAGCUUCCAGAAUAUGCUGCGGUUGACGCGAAAAUCAAUGAUGAGGUUAAGGAUUUGAUGGAGCGCAUACUUUUUGGCGGUCCUCUAAGGAGUGGCAACAGCAGCGAGAACCCGAGCACGUCGGGAUCAUGGGUAGCAUUCACCGCCCCAUUUGAGCAUAUUAGUUCGUGGGUCGUCUUCUCGGCGUUCAAGACCUUAGAUCGUAUCCGAAAACAUCUUGAAUCCGGUACCACUAUCAACUGGAAGACUAUCCUGAGGCUGUCAUCGCAAUACCGCAGCCAGAUUCCUUUCUGCUCCGGGGACGACCGUCCGCCAGUGGUCUCGAGUUACCACGCCCUAUUCCUUGAGUUUCAAUUCCUGUACUGCCUCUGGCCUCGGCGGGAGAUUGCCAACAUGGCAACUGCAAUACAUUGCCGAGGAUCGCUCCAGCUUAAUACGUACAAGGCCCUCGCUCAGCCGCUUUACCAAGCUUACAGCUCCUUGCGGCAUGGUUUCCGCCGCCUGACCGAUGCUUCCACGCUUGAAUUCCGUCAGCUCCAAAGCUAUCUUGAAAAUUCCUGCCACCGAAUCCAUUGCCUGACCCUGGAGCUGCAGGAGAUCUACCGGGUCUUCGUGAAGGCCAACCUACCGAACCCGUACCAUGACUGGAUCGAGACCAAGAAAUUCGACGACCCGUGUGGCGAAAUGAGAUUCCUCCUGUGGCACGGCACUCCACUCGACUCGCUCCUCGGCAUCCUCGACCUCGGUCUGCAGAUCCGUCGACAUGGUGCCAGCUGGACCGGGACCAUGUUCGGCAACGGCAUCUAUCUCGCCGACGCGUCGAGCAAGUCUGCCAGCUUCUGCAAGUAUGACUCAUGGGAUGGACAAGCGGUUCUGCUUCUCUGCGAAGCCGAUGUCGGGGCGUCGCGCAUCCGGACCCAGACGAGCAUCUACAACGGGCACGAGCUCAUCAAGCAGUCUUGCGGUCGACACAGGUGCAUCGAAGGACUUGGGCGGACCGGCCCAGCGAGGUGGAAGCGAGUUGGGUGGAAAUUAGAGCCUGGUGUGGGUGACGGGAUGCCUUGGAUGCCGGAAACGAUCGUCCCGUACAGCGACACCCACUCCGGUGGCGUUCUUGGAUUCAACGAAUAUGCGCUCUACGAUCCUGCGCACGUUCUCAUCCGAUACUUGUUUCGCGUGCAGAUUAAGCGACGACUCCACUGGUAG